AUGGGGAACGAUAUGAAGAACCAAGUGGGUGCUAUGGAGGAAUUAGAAAGCUUGACAGUGAGGAGGAGAUCGAAAAAUGGGAGAAAAUUCUUUCACUAUUCUGAUGUGGAAGAGGGUUCAUGUUUAGCUCAACCAGCUUUUAAUCCUUAUGAACUUGCUUCACGACGUCAUGAUAGAAAUUCUCCAAGUUACAUAGGUGAUAUUCUUCGUUAA